GCUGUCCGUACCCCGCCCACUCUCUUCCUCACACAUGCCGUCACUAUUCUUGGUCUCCUUCUGUGUUGACUGCGCUUUGUUCAUCUGAUCGAUCCAUUAUAAGAUAUUCAAAAUACUGGAUAUAAAAUAAGUAUACAACAUGGCCGGAACUGAAAAAGAGAAGAUGCUUCGCGGGGAGCUUUAUUGUGCCUUCACCCCUGACCUCCUGGCGGAAAGGACUCGUUGUAAACAUGCCUGUAACCGGUUCAACAACGCCGGGGAGGUUUCGCGACGACGCUUACUUGAACUUUGGAAAGAUAUAGUUCAGGACACAACGCCUCUUCCUCCCGCCAAAGAAGACCCCGUCGAAGACGAAGAGGUGCUGAAGAGGGAACCUUGGAUUGAGCCCCCAAUUCGAAUGGAUUACGGGUACAAUGUUAAGGUUGGCGCAGGGGCCUUUAUUAACUUUGACUGUGUCAUUCUUGACACCUGCCUGGUGACAAUCGGAGCACGAACUCUCCUUGGACCCAAGGUUGCUCUGUACAGUGGAACGCAUCCUCUAGAUCCGGCAAUUCGCAAUGGAACGUCAGGUCCGGAGUCGGGCAAGGAAAUCCAUAUCGGGGAGGAUUGCUGGCUAGCAGGGAAUGUGAUUGUUCUUCCAGGGGUGACGAUAGGAGAUGGGGCAGUGAUUGGGGCUGGUAGUGUAGUAACCAAGGUAUGUUAUAACAAUAUUUCUGCUUUCUCUUGUUCAUAUGUGAACUUUGAUUUUUACUAUAGGAUGUCCCUGCUUAUCAUCUUGCUGUGGGAAACCCAGCGAAAAUCGUGCGCAAGAUUGAUACUACACAAGCAGCAUAAUAUGGCUGACGGGGCAGGUGGACGACGGGUUUGCUCUUUUGUCGAGUUGGCUUUUCGAUAUUCUCCUUUACUGUUCAUAUAAAUAUGCAUGUUGUUGAUUCGGAUUAGUAUAGUAAUAGGGCGAAGCCAUGCAGCGGAUUCGAUCAUUUUCGUAGAUAUAUGCAUUGAUCAUUGCAUUAGAGCUUGUAUGCCGACUUUCUCUUGGCGGGUUGAUAUGUUCAGGUGGAACCUGGACCCGUACUUUUUUGUAAGCCUUCAUUUAAG